UUAUUAUUAUUAUUAUUAUUAUUACUGUUGUUAUUAUUAAGAUCAAUAAUGUCUACAGAAUUCAAAUAUGAUGCCAGUUACUUAAAAUCAAUUUCCGGUAUUCUAAAAAUCUCUUGUUUGACGUGUUGUUUCUUCGGCUUCAUAUGCAUUUUAUGCAGUUCCGUACAUUUGCACAAUUUUCGCGCUUGUUUCUACAAUACCGUCGUACUGUUCGCAUUUGUGUGCACAUCGUUAGUGCUGGGAGCACGUCUGUUUCAACUGUGGCCGCACAAAUUUUACAUUUUCAAUGCCAUUAAAUGUGAAUAUUACCUGCACGUAUUUUUGGCGGUUGCCUGUUUUAUUGCUGCCUCCACAACGAUAUCCUUGGAUGUAACAGCGUAUACAAUAGCAACGUUUUUCGCUUUGCUCGCUUUUAGCUUUUAUGCAUUGGAUGCCUAUUUAGGUUAUCGUUUAAGCCGCCAACGUGAUGUUCAGACCCAAACAGAACAGCAAACUGUAUGAGUCAGUUAUGUGUGGCCGUUUUUUAAA